AAUUAGGGUUUUGCGCUAGAAGAGGGGUGUGCUGCAGUCUAGUCAUCCUCUUCCGCAGUCGAAAUCUACCUCUGCGCCUUCUGCUCGCUCGCCCGCCCGCUCGCCCUCUCGUUGUUCGCUUGCUACUGCAGGCUUUCUCGCUACUUGGCCACAAUGGAUUCAGCAGUGAAGCUGGCUAUUGUAAUGAAGGUGAUCGGACGCACUGGGUCCCGAGGGCAGGUGACGCAGGUGCGCGUUAAGUUCUUGGAUGACCAGAACCGUCUCAUCAUGCGCAACGUCAAGGGGCCAGUGCGAGAAGGUGACAUCUUGACCCUUCUUGAGUCCGAGCGCGAAGCCCGGAGGCUGCGGUGAGGAGAAACAGUCUCCCGGUGCUCUGAAGCUUGAUUUGCUGUGCAUGUAUGUGAACCUCUAUUUGCACAAGUAGUGCAAGAUCAAUUUUCACGUAAUAUAGUUCCAGUCUUCCAAAUUUUGCUGGAGUUUUUAUCCCAGCUGGGUGUUGCACACUUUCAUCUUGAUUAGCCGAGGAAUUAUCUGCCACGUU